AUCAACCUUUGUUUACGCGGGACUAGAUUUCCGCUGUCAAUUGUUUGUAAACAAACAUCUGAAUGAAGCUGUUCGACCAAAUCAUGAAUGAUAAACUACAAAAAAUCAAUUGGCAGUUUGAGAGGCUUUGUGUUGAGCUGGGAGUCCCCACAUAUGUGAAAUCCAGGGCAAACAGUGCUUUGGAGAAGUGUUUGUCGGAACUUGAAGAUGAUGCCUCCAUUGCCUCACAUCUGAUUCCUUUUAUGGUUUAUACUGCAGUAAUAGACUCCAGCAAUCCCUAUGGCCUAGAUGACCCGCACAGGGACAAAUCAUCACCCUGUUGUACACUUGGGGAAAUCCUCAGAAAAUCUGGUCUCAACUUUAUCAAGUUUUCGAAGCUGGUACGUCAGUAUUGGGAUACGAUGGACUUGAGUGAGACGGUGCGGAAACACAUAAGCGCUGUGGAAAAGAGAUACUGUAUCAUCUCACCAUUGUUCAAAACAUUUGAAAGAGAAUGGGGAACAGUGUUUAGAGAGGAAGAAAACCAAGAAUCCAUUCCAUUUGAGAAGUCAGAAGGCACACAGGAGAAGAAAAGGUUAUGCUGGACUUUGUUUCUACAUGCAAAAGAUGAGCUGAUGUAUGACAAUGAAGAGCUCAUACAGACCUAUCUACUCCUUCUGUGUUGUCUCGAGUUUGUGUUACGGGCAACUCCUGCUUUCCUUCUUCAACCACCAUUUGACACUCUGAAAUUGGAGACUACAGCCACAGCCCUAACCAGUCCAACCAGGGGGGGAUCAAGCAGUAUGCUCCAUAAACUUGCAGACAUCUUCCACACCAGUAUAGAUGAGCUUAUGUCCAUGCACAGAGUGACACAGGAUUACUUUCAAAGUUUGCAAGCAGAAACUGGAAAACUUGAUGUGGACAUGUUGAGUGCAGAUUACCACACAAGGCAGCGACAACAGGGGGGCCUUGAUGAGCUACAGUUUCUACAGCAUGAGCCAUACCUAAUGCCUCAAAACAACACACUCAGCCAACAGACCACAACAGUAAAUGGGACGACCACUGCAGUGACCCCUGUCCGAGCUGCCAUGAACACGGUCCAGCAGCUGAAAAACCUCAUAUCUGACAAAACUGACCACCUGGAACAGCUAAGAGAACAUUUAAAGAACUGUGCCAGUAAGCCAGAGCAGGCAAUUGUGGACCGUGUGUCCCAGCUGAAGCUGAAGUUCCUGUCCAGAUACCUAGAGACAGCAGGGUCUUGCCAGGGUCACGUGGCGGAGCAGAGAUACACACAGGCAACAAACCUGUACUACCGUGUCAUGAACAGGCUCCUUGAUAUGGAACAGGAGCGUCUAGCCCAGAGUGACUUUAGUGGUCUUCUUGGUAACGACGUCUUCCACCGAUCUCUCCUCGCCUGCUCAGCAGAAAUUGUCCUCAUGACAUAUAAUGUCUCAUGGUCAUUAACAGCAUCAGCCCUGAGCAAUGUUGACUCCCGGUUCACAUUCCCCUGGGUCCUGGAUGCGUUUGGUCUGUAUGCUUUUGACUUCUACAAAGUGCUCGAGUCGUACCUUAAGGCAGAGCCCAACCUCACCAGGGAAAUCAUCAAGCACCUUACCCUGAUUGAGAACAGGAUUUUAGACAGUAUAGCAUGGAAAGCAGAUUCCCCAGUAUUUGAGCUGCUAUCCCGAUGUGGGUCGGCCAGCAGUAGUAGCAUGUCUCAUUGUAGUGAUCUCAUCUCCAGUGAAACCAACGGCACAAGCCAGGCUGCUGAAAUUUACAUGUCCCCAAGUCGUGGUCCAGCCAGUAAGGGCACCAUGCCGGGAAAUAUUGUGUUUGUGUCCCCCCGUAAGGGUGGGGUAACGGCUGUGUACAGCAAGGACAGCCCUGAGCCUAGUGCCCCCGACACCACCCAUCGGUCUCACUCACUCAACAUGUUCUUAAAUAAAGUAUGUAGAUUGGGCUACCACAGAUUAAAGACACUCAGUGAUAUGCUUCUAAUAUUGAAAGAAACUCAACAGAAGAUCUGGACGUGUUUUGAGUUCUGCAUCACAUUUCACCCAGAAUUGUUAAGAGACAGACAUCUUGACCAGAUGAUGAUGUGUUCAGUGUAUGGUAUCUGCAAGGUGUCUGACAGUGAGAUCAAGUUCAAGGACAUUGUUAAAGCCUAUAGCUCCCUGCCUCAUGCCAACUCGCAGGUGUACAAGGAGGCAUUACUAGAUGAUGGCACCACAGACUCCAUCAUUGCCUUCUACAAUAGAGUCUACAUGCAGAACAUGAAGAACUACAUUCUCCUAUUUGCCAAACCAGUUCAACCAAACCUGUCACCCCUGCCAAAGCCUGUGAGCUCUGCUAUUACUGCUUCUCCUGUUUACAGCAUCCCAGGUCGUAAGAAUUUCUAUGUGUCUCCCCUGAAGAAGUCGCCCUUUAAGUAUCCUCACUCCCCCUGCAGUAUGACCCCACGGUCCCGACAGCUGUACAGUUUUGGAGAGGGGCUAGGGUCUGCUGAGAAGUUGAAGAGCAUCAAUGAAUCUGUGUCUGCAUUUAAAUCCCGCAGUAACCUGCCAUACAUAUCCAACACCAAGAGAACAUCAUCAAAACGACUCAACUUUGAGAAUAUGGAUGACCAGUCACAAAACCAGAGUGAGGGCAUUCAGGAUGAAGUAGGCAGCCAGAUGGUGGUGAAAAAGAUACGUGUCACCCCACCUGCACCCAUCACAGAACCCGGCCAGCCUCGCAGAAACAGUAGCACAACAGAAUGAAGAAGCGAGAUGUGAAAACAUUUGUGAAAUUGGCACUGUGAUUUUCUAAUUUAAACACAGAUUGAAGCUUUAUGCCUGUACUACUGAAUCAAAGGCUCGAGACAGCAAAAGGCAUCUUUUCAUUUGCAAAACAAAGUUAGGUAAAUGUUGAUUUCAAGGUGUUGUUUCAACUACCAGAUUUUUUUCUGACUCAUUAUUUGAUUUUGUGUAGAUGUGUAUUUUGAACAUCAGCUGUUAUGAUGUUAUCCUAAUGCCAAUGUAAAGACCAGGCCGCAAUUUCUCCAACAAUAUCAUGUUCCUUGUAACAGGAUCAAAUGUAGCAAACUAUUUUUUGGUGUAAUUUGUGAAAUAUAGUCAUUUUGAGGGGACUUGAGACUUUUAAAGGAAAUUUUCUUGAUCAUAAUCUAAAUCAACCAUUUUUAUGCUCUUUAAGAUGGGCUUAUUAAAGUCAUAUUUUGCAUCCAUACUUCUGUCUGUUGUUUUGUCUUGACCAGUCUGUUAGUUUGUCAUGCACAGUGAAGAUCCAUGUACUUACCUUGAAAAUAAUGGCACACAUGUUUGGUACAUACAGACAUCAGUCAAGAGCAAGACCCAAGUUCCUACCUCAAAGUUAAAGGUCACACUUCAAGGUGUUGUUUUUUAGGAAUGCUGCAUAUAUGUACAUAGGGUAUAAGUGGUCAUGUCUGGACUGGAAAUUUGACAGGCAAGGUUGUUGUAAUUAUAAAUUAGCACAUAUACUCAGCACACAUAAGAGAUGUGCUGUGGGCAAGACCCACGUCCCUACCUACCUCGUGGGUCAAGGUCACACUCAGAUGUCUAUGAUUAUGAGAUUCUGCAUAUAUGCAUAGGUGGUUGAGUGUCGGCACCUAAAGUCGAUGUGUCAACCCCAAGACCAUUGUCCAUAUUUAGAAGGUCACAGUCACAUUCACGGGUCAAUGAUUAUGGAAUGGUUACAUAUAUGCACCUAGAUGUAGAUUUUCAUUACCUGGCUGUAAGUUUGUCAUGCACUGGGAUUUUGAAAUAACCUGGCACAGGCGUUCGAAAAGUAAUGGUGACAUGUUGUGGGCAAGACCCACCCACCUCCUUAUCUCAAAAGGUCAAUGUCACUUUUAAAGGUCUAUCAUUUUGGAAUGUUGCAUAUGUGCACAUUCAGUAUAUGUGGUUGUGUGAAACUUGUCAUGUAAGGGGUGAUUUGGAAAGAACAUGACACAGAUGUUUGGCACACGUAGGUGACAUGUUGUGUGCUAAACAAUGGUCCUUGUCUCUGGAUGUGACUGGUGCUAGGUCCAGGUUUCUACCUCGUAGCUCAUUGCUGCCCAACACUGGAAGUCAACAAUCAUGGGGUCCUGUAUAUAUGCUUAUUGUUUAUGUUAGCUCUACCUGAAUAUUAAAUGGCCAAUAUUACGACCAACGCACAAAGUACAUGAACGAUACAUGUAUACAUGAACUGAAAAUCCAAUUCAAGUUAUUUGAGUAAUCGAGUACCAGAGUACUCGAGUACCAAUUUUACUACUUGUUGCCAUUCCUACACAUAACACAUCUGUAUGGGAAUUUUGAUUUUCUUUUUCAUGAUUAUUGUAAUUUUUGUGUAAAAAAACUUGUCUGAGUAGGUGUGAAAAAUUAAGGGUCCAGUCUGAGAAGGCCAGACAACAUAAUGGUCCAGUCUGAGAAGGCCAGACAAUAGAAUGGUCCAGUUAGAAAAGGCCAGACAAUAUAAUGGUCCAGUCAGAGAAGGCCAGACAAUAUAAUGGUUCAGUCUGAGAAGGCCAGACAAUAGAAUGGUCCAGUUUGAGAAGGCCAGACAACAUAAUGGUCCAGUUUGAGAAGGCCAGACAAUAUAAUUGUCCAGUUUGAGAUGGGGUCCAGUGUGAGAAGGCCAGACAAUAUCAUGGUCAAAUAUAAUGGUCCAGUUUGAGAAGGCCAGACAAUAUAAUGGUCCAGUAUGAGAAGGCCAGACAAAAUGAUGGUCCAGUUUCAGUAGGACAAAAUUAUGUCCAGACAGUUUGCAAACUAAUUGUCAAUUUGAAGUGUUUUAUGAACGUUGUGUAAUGACAUUUACUGAUAUUUUUACCCCAUCAUAAUAUUGAUAGUCAUGUCACCCCUGGUUUUAUUGCCAUAUAUGUACAUGUACAUUUUAAUUCACUGUUGUUGAGGAUGCGUUCCGAACAUCAGGGGCACUCUUUUUAAAUAAACAGUAAUUUUAUUUGUAUCACUGUUCAUGAUAAUUGUUAAUAGGAUUAUGGAGAAAGGACUUAUUGUCCUUGUGUCGAUUUUGUUUGUUUUUACAAAGUAUAAAUGUAGUUGUUUAAUUGUUCUAUCUUCAGAAUACUCUUUCUUAUCAUUAACUUUAUGUUUAAGUACAAUGUUGAAAAAAAAUAGA